AUGGGGAAGAUCACUUUAAGGUUGUCGAAGGAGUAUUUUAUUUUUGUGUUAUUCAAAUCAUUAGUCAGAUUACAUGUAGGAAAACUUUUAAAGGCGAAUCAAACUCAUUGUUUGCAAAUGAACGUGCGUACAGGACGUAUUUGGUGCUUGAUUUGCCUCUGUGAAGUAUAUUUGCAUUCGAAUGAUCCACCUUUUAGUCCUCACGUUAGUUUUUUAUCAAAAGUUUUGAACGACGUUAGAAAUUCAGCGAACACUGUAUCUUUGUUACAGGAACCUAGAGAAGCAGUUGCAAAAGCUAAAUUUACUAGAACCCUACUUCCAAUACGUGGUCGUGUUUUCAAUGAUCACGGGGAAUCUCACAGAGCAAUAAUAGUUGAUACUGAUGAGGAAGACGACAGUGGAUCUGUUUUUCCAAGAGGACUCACUGGUUUGUGCAACCUUGGUAACACUUGUUACAUGAAUGCAGCUUUGCAAACGCUUUCAAACUGCACACCGCUAGCAGAAUAUUUUCGCUCAGCAUCAUCGAUGGCUCCAUUCGCAUCACACUGUUUUUCAAGGACUGUUGAACCACCCGUUUCUCGGUCAUUUCGCCUUUUGCUGCAGUCGAUAUGGUCUCGAGGUCGAAGUGGAUGCACAAGCCCUCAACUUCUCCUAAAUCAAAUUCGGAUACACUGCCCUCAGUUUCGGGGAUGGGGCCAGCAGGACGCGCAAGAGUUCAUUCGUUGCUUUCUUGAUUUGCUUCAUCGCGAACUACGACAGCCACUUUAUCCAUGGGAGUGUCGGGAUGAAAUAUCGCGUGCUGGAACUGUAAGUGAGCGCGAGCAGUCGUCCGUAUCUUCAUUGAAUAAUAUAAGCAAUACAUCCUUAUCCGCUCAGAAUUCAUCAGAAAAUCAUACUCCUCCAGCUCGAAGGAACAGUUCCUCAAGCUCUUGUAGCCGGUGUUCAAAUAGUGUAGAUCGUUAUGAAACUGCCGAUAGUGGCUGGAGUUCAGAUGGAGAUCCGUGUAACAUAAGUAUGGUCUCAGCCGUUAAUCAAGGAAAAGAGCGUAAACGGUGCAGAAGCAUGUCUCCAAAUGUUUUGGAGAGGUCAAGUGCAAGUGAAUCUGCGCUGGUAAGACGAAGUGAACUAACAGAAUCUCCCAAGUCUUACAAAAGUAUUGUUAAUGACGUAUUUGACGGUCAGUUGCGGAGCACUGUGAAGACCUUUCUUUAUGCAUUCCAACUAAGGAUCAGCUUGAACGAUUGGCAAAUAAUGCGUGUAGUCGGGAUGGUUGUCUCGAAAGUGAUCCGUCUUUUACCUUUCCAGGAGCCUGAGGAUAAUUUUUCAAAUAAGGGUUGGUUUUGGUGGCUGAGUAUGUGGUUGUGGUCGCUGUAUGGAUAUAUCUUCAGAACGUCUAUCACUCUGGUAGAUGCUCUAAAUGCAUUUUUCUCUCCAGAUGACCUUAGGGACGAAAAUAUGUACUCCUGCGAAAAAUGCGCAAAGCAAAAAUUUGUUCUUGCAUUUGGUGAAGAGAAUCACUUUUUUGAAAACCAUGGUUUCCUGAAUUCAAUAAUAAGUUUAUUUAGAUUACGUAAUGGUGUUAAAAUGUGCAAGAUAACUAGGUUGCCAGAAGUGUUGUGUAUACAUUUGAAACGUUUCCGCCAUGACUCUACAUACUCAACAAAGGUUUCAACAACCGUUUCUUUUCCAUUAUAUGAUCUCGAUCUCUCUCCAUUCUUGAGCUCUUCCUGUCAUGCCAAAGAUGAACUAGCUCUGUAUGAUUUAUGUGCUUUUGUUACACAUCAUGGCAGCAGUGCUGAAAGCGGACAUUAUGUAGCUUACUGCAAAAAUGAGCUUGACAACAACUGGUAUGAGUUUGAUGACACAGUAGUCACAAAGCUGGAGCCAGCUGACGUGUUGACCAAGGAAGCAUAUGUUUUAUUUUACCAGAAGAAAAGCACAGAAAGAAUGGAGACUAUAAAAAACAAUGUUAGGCUGCUUUCGGGGAAGGAGGGAAAAGUUAGUUGGAUAUUGAAUUUAUAUGGUAAUAGCACGUCUCUGCAGUUGUACUUAUAUAAAUUUGGUUUACCGCACUAUUACAUUUCUCGUGACUGGCUGAAUCGGUUGUCUACGUUUUCGAAUCCUGGUCCAAUCACAAAUUACGACUUUCUUUGUCGUCAUGGCCAAAUAUUACCACGGAAAGCUUCAGAUCUUGUCGAGCAUUAUGUCAUUGUUGAAAGUGAUACUUGGGAAUACCUUUUCAAAGAAUUUGGAGGCGGGCCUGUAUGUACGAAACUGCAUUACUGUUCACAGUGUCAAAGUGCGUAUCAGAGGUUGCAGUGCAAACGCACUUACGAAAUUAAAACCUUUAAGGCAAUCGAAAGUCGCACUAGAGAGGCUGCAAGCGUUUUUCCAGCUUUAACUUAUAGUUAUUACUUGCAUCCAAAUGCAGUAUCAAAGUCUUGGCUUUCAAAAUGGAGGUCAUUUGUAGAUGGAGAAAGCCUAGUUCCUCCCGGUCCAAUCGACAACAGGCCACUGUUGACGAGAUCAUCGAACGACUCAUCAAUUUAUUUCUCGAAGUCAGCAAGCUAUGCGGAACUUCCACGUGAACUUUGGCUUUUCUUUCAUUCCAUUUAUGGCGGAGGACCUGAGGUUCAAUUUUUCUAUGAAAUUUGA